AUUAUAGAAAUAUUUAUCCUCCAGUUUGAACCAGUGUGAUUGUGAGGUUUUGUGGUUUGGUUUAUCUGAAUUAUUUGUAUCAUUCUUGUUGACUCAGGGACAGAGCCGAACUCGUCCCUGAGCUCUGUCUGGUCCAGGGUUCAUGACCAAUGGACGCAAGCAAAUAUUGAUCCAAAACUCUUGGAGCACUCACUGACAAGUCUUUUUUUUUUUAAAUCAUUUUUAGCAAAAUCUCACAGAAGAUAUUCCUCUUGUGUAGCUGGAUUAUUACCUGCAGCGUUCCUGACAUUCCUGAGCUCCUCCUCCCUGGGGCAGAAAGAAAAACCUGUUGGUCCAUGUUUGUUGUUUCCUUGCAGACAUGGAUGGUGUGUUGGAAGGAGCGGUGGUGUUGUCUGCGUGUAAACUGGUCUGCAAUUUUCUCGUCCUGCCGUCUCUGGCUGCGUCCCACAGUCCUGUCAGCUUCUGUUGCUGCUCCCUCUUGAUUUUCACAGACUUCCUGGUCACAGCUUUCCUGAGUUUCCUUUGCGUCUUGAAGUCCUGGCUGACUGAGCUGAACCCACCAGGUGAUGUCAUCGCCCUGCGUUUCCUGCUCUUCCUCAGCCACACCUACAGAGCCGUGCUGCUCCUCACCACGUUUCUGAUCGCUACGGAGACCCUGAUCAGGUUGCUGUGGCCACACGCUGCAGCUGAUUCCCGGACAAUUUUCUGUAAUGAUGAGGAGGAAGAGGACGGCAGCGUCUCGGAUGAAGGCGAAAGCUUGCCACAGGUGGUGGGUUUCUUCUGCUGCCUGUCGGUGUGGAUCGCCGUGGCGUUCAGUGUCCGGUGGCACUGGAAGCUGGAGGAAGGGUGGACGGCUGCUUGUCUGGACAAAACCGACUCUCUCAUCAGAUGUCUUCCUAACCUCUUCAGUCCCAUGCACAGAGUCAUGGAUCACUACUGGAGCGUGGCCUUCCUGGUUCUCCUCGGGCUGCUGCUGACCGUCAGCACGGGCCUGCAGAGGAGAAACCAGACUUCUGCAGAACCAAAGAGAACACAGGAUGGAGCGGCGCCUGCAACCUUCAAGCCGCUUCAUCCAGAAAUGUUUACCCCAAAGUGUGUUGAUGGAGACAUUCCCCUCAUCUCCCAUGGCUGCUUGUCUGAAAAGAUGGGAAGACAGGAGGUCAAGAGGACUCAGAAACACGUUUACCUGGAUUUAGUCAGAGGGCAGAGCUUGGAUUCAAAUCAAACCCACCUGAGCAGACGGGAACAGUGGGGUUUUCCAAGCCUGGAGGAGAAUACAGUAAUAGCGUUUGUUAGCGUGCUUUGCAUGUUCAUGCUUCCCUUCUACCUCAGUGUGAACACUUGUCUAAUCAGGACAAUAGACUCUCUGCUGAAUGGAUGCAUCAAGUCCUUACUUUCGUCUGUGUCCAACAGCAGAGACACAGCGUCCUCUCUCAGAGUCUCACAGGUUUAAGAAACAAAGCCAGAGUCCAGCUGAUGAGUAUUUGCAGCAGAACCAUGAAGAGUGGUCCCAGUGUGCAGGCGGCUGUUUUACCUGUUGACGCUGCUCUGACAGGAGAGUAAACACACCUUCCCAGGCAGCUUUUCACAUGUUGGGGAUAGUAUUUGUAGAGUGCAGAGAGGUGCUGAGGAGGCAGGUCAAGGCGUGCUUGCAGAGCAACACCAAGUACUUUUAAAAUUCCUCGGGGCAUCAGUUUCCUCAGAUGUUUGUCUUUACACAAAGCCACGGUUUAUGUGAGAUUGAUCCAGGGGCAAACAGCAUCUUGCAAUGUGUAACAUAAAGUCUGCUGAUGCUGCCUGACAUGAAGAUAUAUGUAAUGAAAACCGAGGGACUCGAGGGCAAACAGAUGGAGUUUUUCCUGCUAUUAUGGGGUCAUCAGACUGUCUGUGCCUUGAAAAUCAUCCAUGUUGGGUUUUUUUUACAUUUUGCCUCAAUGAUAUUUGAGUGGGAUGUUAAAGGAGAGACCAGCACAAAGUUGUGUAACUGUAUGAAGUGAAAUAAAAAAAGGAGAAGUUUUCACCAAGAAAAAUCUUAGAAGUGUGGCAUGCAUUUGUAUUCUGCUCCUUUACUCUGAUACCCUUAAAUAAA